AUGUCGAGAUUAGAUCAUUUUAUUCUGUGGUAUUAUAUUGUUAAUGCAAUAAAGUAUGGAAAGAAAGACGAAAUAAUGGAGUUUAGGGGGAUAAUUGGGAAUGAUUUGUUAAUGAGAGAUCGAAAUUGGUGUUCAUGGUUUGGCAUUUACAAUCUCUCUCCAUUUCCUCUUCCAGUUUCUUGCACGCUCUAUAAUCUAAAGAAAAAAAGAAUUGUGCCAAUGGGGCAUUUAUCUUCAAUGUUCAAUGGAUUAGCAAGGACCCUUUGGACCAAGAAAAUGAAGAGUUUGAAGAAUGAUUGUGGGAAUUCUGAUGCUAGAGAAAUCUAUGAUAAAAAAAAUGCAAAAAAGAAUGACUUGAUACGAAGAUCAUCAGGCAUUAUCAAUGUCAAUGGGUCAAAGAAUUUUGCUUCUGUUUGGGAGGAAUUUGGAUGCCAAGAAGAGAUGAUAUUCUGUGGGAUAUUUGAUAGACACGGUCCGUGGGGACAUUUUGUCGCGAAGAGAGUUAGAGAGUCAUUGUCAUCGUCUCUUCUUUGUAAUUGGCAAGAAACGCUUGUUGAAGCUUCACUUGAUCCAUAUUUUGAUAUGGAAUUAGAUAAAAAGCUUUAUCAAGUUUAG